CAGGCGCGCAUCCAGAUGGAGGUGGUCUGCCAGCUGCACCUCCAGCUGCAGAAGGAGCGGGACCGGCUGCAGGCGAUGAUACUGCACCUGAACAAGAAGAACGAGCUGAUGCGCGCCCCGGCCACCCUUUUCGGCAGCCAGUUCCUGUCCCAGCUCGCCCCGGUGCCACCGCCGCCGCCGCCGCCACCGCCGCCAACACACCACGUAGCACCGCCACCACCAGUGCCGCCACCACAGCCGACGACUGUCGCAACGGUGUCGCAACCGCCGACCACGGCCCAAGCCGCCAGUCCGUUCGAGCUCAUCGCUGGCCUCCGCUUUCCGGCGGACGUGACGGCCACCGAGCUGGGAACUGCGUCCGGCGCUACCCUGGUCCAGCCUGGAUCGCCCUUUGGUAGCAAAUUCGCGCACCAUCAUCAUCACCACCAGCACCACCAGCACCCACAGACUGGACAGACUGGAGCUGCUUCAGUGGUGGCGGUGUCCCUUUCGCACCCACAGCACACCGUCGGCGGGUCCGCCACCAACAGUCUGCAGCAUUCACCGGGGGCCACCCCGGUCUGCACCGGUGGUGGUGGUGGCGGUGGGUCGUCCGGCUCCGGGAAGGGCUCGAAGGGUGGCGGCGUCCGACCGAAGUACUACUCACCUCCCGACAGCGAAGAGCUCAACUAUCCGGACGUGCAAGAUGAUGUGCACAAGAACCGCGAAUUCUACCGCAGCCACGAUGUGCGCCCUCCGUUCACCUACGCAUCGCUGAUCCGGCAGUCCAUAAUCGAGUCGCCCGAGAAGCAGCUGACGCUCAACGAGAUCUACAACUGGUUCCAGAACACGUUCUGUUACUUCCGGCGCAAUGCGGCCACCUGGAAGAAUGCCGUUCGUCACAAUCUGUCGCUACACAAGUGCUUCAUGCGCGUCGAAAACAUUAAGGGCGCCGUGUGGACGGUGAACGAGGCGGAGUUCUGCAAGCGGCGGCCCCAGAAGCUCGGCAUCAUGCAGUUUAAAUUCCAGCAGCAGCAACAACACCAUCACCACGGUCACACGGGUCACUCGGCACCUCACCAGAGCAACAUCGGCGGGAGCGGCGGCGGCGGCGGCUGCAAUCCGACGAAGAAGAAGACGGCAUUAGCAUCAUCGACUACGUCAUCGGGCGGGCCGUCACCGUCGCAAGCGUCGCCCGAGUCACAGCAGGUGUCCGCCGUGGUCGGGACCACCCUUGCGGUGGUCCCGAGCGAGGCCAGUGGCCAGUCCCUCAGGGCUCCACCACCGCCUCCGCCACCAUUCUUCUACAAACGGUUCGUGUCACGUUACCUUUUGAUUCAGUCCUCCGUCUCCAAAAUCCCAAAAUCCCAAAACCGGAAAUAG